AUGGCGUCGCUGACAGAUAAUCCACCAACGUUGGUGGUGAGGCAGCACAUUCAGGACCAUGCGGCAGCGACCGCCAUUGAGAAACACUGGGGUUAUGCGGAGCGCGUGGUGCCGUGUGUGGUGGACGCAGGAAGCUGCGAGUACCUCGAUGUCGUGUACGGCGCCCACGACCAGGGUAUGCUCUUCGUGGGCAUCAUGUGGAUAGUCUUCGGCGGCUUGAUCCUCAGCUAUGCCAUCGGACGGCGCCUCAUUCCUUCGCGUCAACCGUCCCUCAGUGCCGCCAAAGGCGAAGAAGCACCAUCUUCUCCAGAGAGCGCCCAUCAGCCGCUCCUCUAUCGCCUUUCUGCAUCCCUCUCCGCCUCCCUCCGCCGAAGCCUCCUUCCCGAGUCGCUACGGCCCAUGUUCGGCCGCGUCACCCGCCUGCAGCUCCUGAUCCUGGCCUUCCUCAGCACCUACCUCACCAUUUUCACGUUCGUCGGCUAUCGGUACGCCACAUGGGUGACGCCCGUGAGCAACACGCCGGGUGUGUACAACACACGCAGCUCUCUCGGCCCAUUCUCCGACCGCAUCGGCGUCAUGGCCUACGCGCUCAUUCCGCUGAGCGUCUUCCUCGCGAACCGCGAAUCCCUGCUCUCGCAACUAAGCGGCAUUCCAUACCAGUCCUUCCAGUUCCUGCACCGCUGGCUCGGCUACAUCAUCACCGUGCAGUCCAUCGUGCACACCAUCGGCUGGACCAUCGUCGAGGCGCGGCUGUACCAGCCACAGCCCAAGGUGUGGAACAGCUUCAUCAAGCAGCUCUACAUGAUCUGGGGUGUCGUCGCCAUGGUGCUACUGAGCCUGAUAUUCGCCCUGUCGCUGCCCUGUGCCAUCCGCCGCAUGGGCUACGAGGCCUUCCGCAAAGCGCACUACCUCAUGGCUGCGAUCUUCAUGGGCGCCUGCUACGGCCACUGGGCCCAGCUAGGCUGCUUCCUCAUCGCGUCACUGGUCGUCUGGUUCCUCGACCGCUUCGCCCGCCUGCUGCGCACCUUCCUGCUACACUAUCAAUUCCUGCCUGACAGCACGAGCCGCAUGCGCUUCCAGCCCGCCAGGGCACGCAUCACUUCUUUCCCCGACGAGAGCAACGGCGACAUCGUGCGCUUGGACUUUGUCCACAACCACGCCGCCUGGGCCGUCGGGCAGCACUUCUACCUCUGCUUCCCCGAGAGCAGUAUCUGGCAGAGCCAUCCGUUCACACCGCUGAGCUUGCCGAGCUUGGGCGGCGGCAACGAGGGUCAGCGGCACAGCUACGUCUUCCGCGCCAAGGGCGGAGAGACGAGGAAGAUCGCUGAGCUGGCGCGCGCGAAGCUAGCUGCCGCGGCGGAUACGGCAGAAUCAAGCGACAAAUCGCGAAAAGCAACACGGGCGGCAACAACGCCGGUAAUACUGCAGGGCCCGUACGGCACCGGUCACGUCGCGGAGCUGCAAGACGCGCCGGACAUGAACGUGUUGCUGGUGGCAGGCGGGACAGGCGUGACGUUCGUGCUACCGGUGCUGUUCUACCUGAUGACGCUGCCGGUUCCCGUCGACGCGCCCAAGGACCGCAAGAUCGAGCUGGUGUGGGCGGUCCGGAGACGUGCGGACGUGAAGUGGGUGCAGCAGGAGCUGGACGUGCUGCAGGCGGCGAGCAGGCGGAUGAACCUCAGCAUUCGUAUCUUCGUGACGCGGGAGGGGCAGAGCGCCGAGGAGACAGUGGUAAAGGGGGCGGCCUGCUGUAGUGGAGAGGCCGUUGAGAAAAAUGGGGUGCGCGUCAACGAGGAGGCGAAGACCGGGCUAUCGUCGUCUUCCUCGUCCUCAGAGACGGGCGACGAGAUCCAGGAAGUGUCGUCGCAGUCGCCGUCGCCCAGACGCUUCUCGGUCCAGCAGGCUAGCCGCGCGGAAGCACUGCAGGCUGUGACGCUGCGUCCGGACAUGGCCAAGGUCGUGACCGAGUUCGUCGACAGUACCGUGCGCGGACCGACCACUGUCUAUGCGUCCGGACCGGGCGGUCUCAUAUCGGAUCUAAGGGAGGUGGUGGCAAGCUGUAACGAUGGAGCACAGGUGUGGAAGGGCCAUGAGAGGUGGAGUGUUGACCUCGUCUGCGAUGAUCGGAUGGAGUGGUAG